AUGGAGGAAAACACAUCCGUUGUGGGAGACACUUUGGAGAUCCAGGGCUUUGACAUUUCUCCAGAGUUGACGUUUCCUCUGUUUUUCCUCCUUCUGUUUGUUUACUGCUCUUUGCUUUUGUCUAACCUCGGCGUUCUGGCAGUCAUCAUCUCUGAAAAGAGCUUGCACCAGCCCAUGUACCUUCUUUUUUGCAACCUGUCAGUCAAUGACCUGAUCGGUAACACAGUCCUGCUGCCUCAGUUGAUGGCUCAUAUCCUCUCUACAGAGCGCUUCAUCACAUAUAGCCAGUGUGUGGUUCAAGCUUUCUACAGCCACACCUUUGGAUCUGCAUCACACAUGAUCCUUGUCAUCAUGGCCAUUGACAGAUAUGUGGCCAUCUGUCACCCACUGAGGUACAGCUCGAUAAUGACUACCAGAGCUGUUAUUGGCCUGUCGGUGGUUGCAUGGGGGUUUUCUUUGGUGCUCGUGUCUGUGCUGAUAGGUCUCACCGUGAGGUUGACCCGUUGCAGGUCAGUUUUGCAAAACGCCUAUUGUGACAAUGCUUCUUUGUUCAAGCUCUCCUGCGAGAACGUGUCCGUCAACAACAUCUAUGGACUCUUUUUCACUGUACUGCUGUUCACGUGUUCUAUGGGAGGAAUACUUCUCACAUAUGUUAGGAUAGCUGUCAUUUGUUGGAUGAGGAAAAACAAAGAGUUGAACAGUCGAGCGCUGCAAACCUGUGCAAGCCACCUGGUUCUUUAUCUAAUCAUGCUGUGGUCAGGGUUUCUGACCAUCAUCCUUCACCGUUUCCCAAAUUAUCCGGAUCUAAGGAAGAUUGCCUACAUUUUAUUUCAUGUUGUUCCUGGCAACCUAAAUCCUAUUAUUUAUGGAAUGCAGACAACAUCAUUGAGGCAAAAAAUUACUCAGCUACUAAGGAAAAUGGUUUUUACUUUUUAGUUUUCUGACAAAUACACGAACAGCAUCCCUGAAGUCAUCUUCACGCAGUGCACUGAGUUAAAAAAAACAAACGGUUUCUUCAAAGUCCCGUUUAGAAUGUAUUUAGGAUGCCACAAUUGCCAAUAAAAGAACUGAACCUUAUGUUAUGUUAUUGAACCCAAUCAUGGAAAAAGUGAAUUGUUGCCUUUUUCAGGCCACAGACCGGUUUAAUGUCAGACAAUAUAUUCACAGACCGUUAUAAACCGGGCCAAAGUUUGCGUUUCAUCUUUUUAGGCUUCCAGUUUCUAAAAAA